UCGAAUACUGUAACAAACAAUGUAGCUUUAGGUAAUCCUACUGCUGGAUCAUUACUUUAUGUAAUGAUCAAAUUUGAAUCGCAACUUUUGUUGUGCAACGGCUGUCUCUGGUGUCUAGGUGUUGCUGAUUCAGUCGUUAACGUCCGUGGCUGAAUGUGAGGUGACAUGUUAGGACUCUUUUGAGUUUAAGACUUAAUGAGCCUCUUAAGUGAGGACGCCAGCCCUUUUUUAACUUUUUUUUGUUUCGAAAGAUGGUGAGAAUAUCACACUUGAGCUGGGUUUAGACCGUCGUGACCAAUAUGACAAAAGGCAGAUAGUUAAGUUGUGCUAGAACUAAUCUAUCUGAGGGCAGCCUGUACCUGCCUCCUUGCGUCAUAUUAUUAAAACACCCAGUUGAAGUGGAUGGUGUGGUGCAUGGGUUCAAAAAAUAACUCAGCAUUCAUCGGAAGGCAAAUAAUCUAUUCACGCCAGAGUAUUUUAUUUGCGGGCAGCCAUAACCUGCUUCCUUCCGUUUGGAUGUCUGAGUUUUUCGCCACUCAGCGUUCAAUGGAAGGCAACUAA